AUGAAGAAUAAUCAUCACCAGACAGUAGAAUCGCCAUCGUCGAUCAUCUUGGAUAAUGAUGAUAAAGAGUCUUAUAUAAAUCGUCUUGUUCGUCAAUGGACUGAGCCUGAAAAGCGUUCAAUUAUUUCUCAACGUCAACUAGAUAAAGAUUUGAUUGUAAAACAAAAGUCAUCAUCAUCAUCAUCCUUACAAUUACAAGAAAAUAAACUGACUACUACAAACAUUCAAGGUGUUGUUUAUGAUCCAUUUCAAAAAUAUUUAUCUGAAAUAAAUCCAUUAACAUUUGAUGAUUCAACAAAAAAAC